UCCAGCCGGAACUUUCCAAUCUUUCAGUAUCGGGUUUCCUUACGUCUUAAUCUGUAAUAUGUUUUGUACAUAUCUACUUAGCCAUACUGUAAAAUAAGUAUAAAGUUAACAUUGAUUCAUCUUGUCAUCAUGUCGCUAGAAAGUCCUGUAUCGCCUCAAAGGAAAUCGACAAAAUUUGAAGGUUCUCCAUCUCGUUUGUUUCUGACGGCGCUAUGCGCUAGUCUGGGUCCCCUGACCUUCGGGUUUACGAUUGGUUACAGCUCUCCUGCAAUCCCGAAACUCGAGCAUGAAAAGCUCUUGGAUGGGAAAAGUUUGACAGGGUGGUUCGGCGCACUAAUGACAGUUGGUGCAAUUUUCGGUGGUCCUUGUGGAGGAAAGUUAAUUGAGAAGUAUGGGAGAAAACAGACAUUGGCAAUAGCUUCGAGUAUUUUCUUUGUAGGUUGGGUUGUGACAGGGUUGGCCUCGGGGAUUCGGACUCUCUUCUUUGGGAGAGUUUUGUGUGGAUUUUCUAGUGGUCUGAUAACCGUGGCUGCCCCCGUUUACCUCGCAGAAAUUUCCACGAAGGCACUUCGAGGAUUUCUUGGAGCAAGUAUGCAGUUGUCAAUAACCAUUGGCAUUGUUGCAGCCUAUGCUCUGGGGAUGAAAUGCUCCUGGUCGAUGUUAGCAUUUAUUGGUGCAAUACCUGCAGCUCUGGCGCUGUUGUUACUUUUCUGCAUACCAGAGACACCCCGAUAUCUUAUAUUGAAAAACAGGAGGAAGGAUGCACUGCUGGCCCUGGCAGCUCUAAGAGGCCCCCACACUGAUGUGGAGGAUGAAUGCAGAGAUAUCGAGGAGGGAUUUAUGCAGGAAACAGGAUCCUCUUUCUCCUAUUCGGAAUUCAGGAAACCUGAACUGUCCCGCCCAUUGUUCAUCUCUGUGAUGAUAAUGAUUUUUCAGCAAUUCAGUGGAAUAAAUGCAGUUAUGUUUUACACCGUGUCAAUAUUUCAAAGUGCUGGGUAUAAAAACAGUGAACUUGCUACGGUCGUGAUUGGCAUUGUUCAGGUCUUUGCUACACUUGUUGCUUGCAUCUUGAUGGACAGAAUGGGAAGAAAGAAACUGCUCAUCAUAGCAGGCUCCAUAAUGACACUUACUUGCACAACAUUUGGGUAUUACUACUAUCGCAUGGGAUCUGGAACACAUUCGAACAUCAGCUGGCUAGCUAUCACAAGCCUUGUCAUAUACAUCAUUGGGUUUUCCUUGGGUUGGGGUCCGAUUCCAAUGUUAGUGAUGUCAGAACUCUUCCCAGCUCCAGCACGCGGGGCAGCUAGUGGCAUUGCUGUAUUUACAAACUGGUUCUGUGCUUUCUUGGUAACCAAAGAAUUUAACGUGUUGCAAGAACUGUUUGGUCAAGCAGGAACAUUUUGGAUUUUUGGCGUGUGUUGUCUGUGUGGUGUCAUGUUUGUCUCCAAGUACCUACCAGAGACCAGGGGCAAAUCAUUAGAGGACAUUGAGCUUUAUUUCCUGGGGAGGAGCAUGCUGCUGUAAACAGCUGAAUUGUUGUUUGAAUCUCAUGCAUUUAUUUUAGUUAACGGAGUGUCCAUUCAUCACUGGGUUAUUUUUCACAUCUCUUUCUUGACUGUCAAAAUUAUAAUCAGUCAAAUAAAACUUAUAGCACUUACAUGACUAGUACAUGUACAAGAUAACUUUGUUGCCUAUCAAGGACCCAUUAGCGGGGUGGGGGCAUUAUUAUAAACACAGGGGGGAAAAAAAUUAUUGUUAGGUGCAUAUUACGUGACAUAAUAGCAUUCACAUGUUACAAAUGAAAUUGACAAUUCAAAAAGGAUGCAGACAGAGAGACAGCUCAUAGGAAGUUAUUGGUGAAUAUUUAGUUACGUCUAUUGGUGAAUAUUUAGUUACGUCUAUUGGUGAAUAAUUAGUUACGUCUAUUGGUGAAUAUUUAGUUACGUCUCGUCAUGUUUAGGUCGUUCAAUGUACAUUUUAUUGCUCUAUUUUUGUUUAAUGAUAGCACAGAUGUUCAGGUUCAGAAAUGAUAAACCUUUAUGAUUUAUUUUUCGGAUUUUUUCCCACUCAGGAUGUGACAGUUAGAAUUUAAACAAUCAGUUUUGAAACUGAGAGGUUAAAAUUUUUCAGAAUUGUAAUAUUGUAAUUGCAUACAUUUCUGUUAAAAAUUUGGGUGCAUAUUAAGGGAAAUUAUCAACAUUAUUUAUAUUCUGAUACAUGUACAUAUAUGUAUAAUGUGGUAUUAAGUCAUACACAAUAAUGCAUUGGUCAUUGAAUAUUGUUAAGAAACUUGUUCACUCUUCAAAAAAGUAGAAAUUUUGCAAGCCAUGAGUUCAAGUUUUGUGAAGUGCUUUAAUUUUAGUCCCAAAAUCUCAUCAUAGGGUGAUUAAGAAAAAAAAAGGUGACUGCUUGCGCGAUAGCAGUAUGUGUAAAUGUUAAGUCAGUUGUUCAGCCCUAGAGAUUAAAAAACACUGUUUUACAAAAUAUCAAAUAAAUGGCUAUUUUUGGCCUGUCUUUUUCUGUCCCAGCUUUCCACCAGCCUAUAAUUGUUUAACUAUAUAUAUCCAUGACAAGAACUUUGAUUUUGCAUCCUCUGUUGUUCAUGUGUGUCAUAACGUAAAGCCAUAUAAUUCAACGCAAUUUAAUUGACUUUAUCAACAUUCUUAAUAUCGUAAACGAAAUUGCGUUAAGUCGCACCAUAUGACAUACUACAAUGUAGAAUUGACGUCACAUUUAGCUCCUCCGUUUCCAUUUUACUGCUAUGACAAUAUUGUUCUGCAUCACAAGAAGUUCAUAUUUUCUGUAUAAUUGUUAAUCAAAUCAUAUCAAAUCUUUUUUUCUGAAUUAAAUUUUAAGGAAAGAAAGUAUUUUCUGCUAAUUUUAUAUGAGAUAAAGUAAGUUGGGACAGUUUAUGCUCUUUUAUAAACCAUUUUGAAAUUUAUAGUUCAUAAAGUGCCCUAACUUCUUUAAAUUGUAUAAAAUGAGUAAAAAUUUCAUUCAUCCUCAAGUAGAAAGCCAAAUUUUCUAAAAUUGCCAUACUGGCCAUAAUUCUUAAACUUAAACAAAUCGACUAAAUUUUAUAGAAUCAUUAAGGGAGUUUAUCAAGGUCAAUCUUGCAACAAGAGGAUUUUGCCAAUCUGGGACAUUUUUAUAUAAACAAAUUUUGUUUAUGUUCUAUUGUUAAUGAUUUUUUGUAGGAUUUGUUGAACUGUAAGAAUUCCAAGAAAGUUUAUUAAGGUUGAUAAAGGUAGACUGCUGCAAUACUCAAUCUACUGGUAAUUAAAAUCAGACUUCUUAGACUCAAGCAAUAUAAUCUAAGUAGUGGUAUACAGCGCAGAUCCAAGAAGUCGGAUUUUAAUUAGGUUAUUGCAACACUUUCCCCAUCAAACCCUCCCUUUUUAUUGACAUUUAUUUGAUUGCAAAAUCCUGGGAAAUGAAGCACAAUUUUUCUGUUCAAGCUGUGGUCUAUGCUGUUGAUUUCAUAAGAUCACUCACGAGUAUAAAUUUUGAAAGAAAGUGCUUCCAAUAGAUUCUUUGAAAUCUAAUAAACUCGAUUUGAUUGCUGUACAAAUCAUUUUAAUGUUGUGUUUGUUGCUAUGAAGUAAUUGAUGAAUUAUCUUAUUUAUUGUCUAUGAAAUAGAUGUGUAUAGCCAAAUUACUCCAAACUUUUCUGAACUUGUACUGUAUGAAUUUAUACUGUCCUGCUUUUUUGACCUGUACUGUAUGAAUUUAUACUGUCUUGCUGUUUUAAACUGUACUGUAUGAAUUAUACUGUCCUGCUGUUUUGACCUGUACUGUAUGAAUUUAUACUGUCCUGCUGUUUUGAACUGUACUGUAUGAAUUUAUACUGUCCUGCUGUUUUGAACUGUACUGUAUGAACCUGUCCUGUGAUGGACAUUACAGUAGAAUCUCUUCUUUCAAUGGGGUCAAAUAUUCAUGGUUGAAGAAAAAUAAGCAUUUUGGAGGGAAAUUGAAGCAUUUUGGAGGGGAAAAGAAUUGUUGAGGGUGUCUUGAUUUGUGGUUGAGUAGUUGUAAAAUACAGACAAACCUCAUUAUCUCGAACAUGAGGAUUUAAAAAAAAUUGAGAUAUCCGAGGAUUUGGGAUAUAAAGGUUACAGGUAAAAUACAUAAAGAAAAAUUUAGUUGAGACUUUCAACUCACUUAAAUAACAUAUCCAUGGUAUUUGAGAUAUCUAUGUUCAAGGCACUGAGGUUCAUCUGUAGGUUGGGAGUUCUGUUUUUCUUAUUUAUUGAGGAUUUCUUCCACCAGUUUGUAAUGCUUUGUUUCCAUUAGCCAUAUUUUCUGAUGAAGUUGUCCACUGUCUGUACAUCUAUCGUCUUCAGAAUAGCUCAACAUUUAUUAAAUUCAGUAUAUCUAUUAAGGUAGUACUCUACAUCAUCAUAAUGGCUGACUUCCUUUAAAAACAUGGAUGAAAAAAUCGAUAUCAGCAGUAUUGGACUUUUCCUUUUCCAUUUAAAUACCUAGCCGAGUAGCUCAGUAGGUUAAAAUACCGACUGCUGAACUUUAGGUCGCAGGUUCGAGUCCAUCAGGGGUUUUAAAUUUUUUUCAGAUUACCUUGUACUAAAACUGUAUUUUUUGAAAUUCAAAAUAUUGUUGUACAUAUUCUCCACUUUUCAUCUACAUCAAAUUUCUCUGGUGUAGCGUACCUCCUUAAGCUAUGUCCCACAAAACGUGUGCUUUUCAAAGAGAUGGGCCACUGGUUUAGUCCUUACUAGCCAAGAGUGUAUGAUUGGCUACUCUCUUUGGUAACUAAAGAUUUCUAAUACCCCCUCCCUUCACUUACCUCAGAUAUUUGCUAGUGUCACUCCCACACACUGCUGUCUUCAUAUUACCAGCUAGACUUGGUAGAAAUGUGUCAAAUUCUUGUAAAUAGGGUGAGCAUUGUGGUUCAUUAAAAUCCUAUCUUUGAUAAUUAUAUAUUUAAUGUAGAAAUGUAACAGGGUGUGUAACAUUGUAUGGGAUACGCCAGAGAGCUGAGCAAUCAUUCCACAGGUUUCUAAUAUAUACAUAAUUUAUAUAUACAUGUAUAACCAAAAUUCAUACUUUAACUUAGUGUUGUACAAUAUUGUUCCCAUAUUGGUUAUUGUUUACAAAUUAUAUUGCACUUGUUUAGUCCCUGUUCUGAGUAUAGUCCAUUUUGAUUUGUAAUAUCAGGGUUUGUUUUAUGUAUAAUGCAGAUCCACUGGUAGAAUAAAAUUUUUCUCUUUCUCUAAUGUCCAUUUUUGCAAAUAUGAAGUACAUGUAUUUGAUGCAUUACAAUUGCGUUUAUGAAUUAAAUCAUGAUAAAUGUA